GUUAGUCGACUAAUACUCCUAAAUGCAUAAGAUCCGCGGUCUAGUUAUCAGCGAACCCUGACACGUAUUCUCUUCGUCCAUCCGCUUUCUGUAAGCCUCUAAAAAAAAAAUAGCCCCAAUGAAACAGGGUGUACGCUCGCUAUCUCUCCAUCGAGUGGAAACGGCUCAGUCCAAUUACGUUCAAUUUCUCUAAUCCACAGCCGCGUUCGAAUAACUGAAAUCCACCGUUUUACUUUCAGUGGCGAAGCGGUCACCGUUUGGGCGCUGUCGCAGGAGAGAGGAAUCCCCGUCUGACUCGAGUGGAUCCCAGCGUCCUCGAAGCAGAUAGCGCUCCUACGGAACGGGGUAAUCCCCGAGGCGAAACGCGAUUCACGGACAACGACACGAGCACGGCCUUUUAUCUCCGACGGUCAGCGCGGCUCCGGCGCGCGCCACGAAAACGCUGAAAGCACGGAAAAGCGCGAUUUCGUCGCGGAAGAGGCUCUUACUUCGCGCCAACGGCGGCAGCGAGGGGGCCAGAGGGGUACACGUCCAGAGUGGCCCAUUUCCCUUAUCACGAUAAAACGGUGCACUAACGGUGGUGCCGCAGUGUCCGGCACGACGGAACGCGAGGUGUUCAGGGCAGAGCCUCGGUCGUGAGUCAUUUUCACGUACGAUCAGUUCGGUCGUGGAUCGUAGUCGCGAUGGAUCGAACAGCCGCGAGGUCGUCGUCGUUCGCGUCGUCGUCGAUCGAGUUCCUCCGAUAGCUCAUACCCGGAUAUAUAUCCUAACGCGGCAAAAUGGACGUAGAACUGGUCACUCGGGCGUCCUUGAACUCCCUCCAGACGAGGGACGACGGCAGGAUCGUCUCGCCCAACUAUCUCGAUGAGUGGACGUGGUCCAGCUUGAGAAAACAGUUCAAAUACAAGAGCCUAGAGAAGCUGUUCACGGUCUACCAGAGGAGGGUCCAGUAUGGUUAUCUGUCGCUCUUCGUCCUGCUGCAACUGGCGCUCGGCACCACGUAUUGUUUGAUCUUGGUAACAAUGGUCAGCAUCGAGAACUGCGUGCCGGACGUGGUCGUCUACAGCGUGGGAAGCGCGCUGCUGUGUCCCGUGAUAGCGCUCUCCUUCCGGUCGAAGAUCAUCGCGAAGAACACCUACAUGCCCGUCAUGCUGUCCUGCCUGAUCGUGGUGUUGCUGGUGACCGGCGACCUGGCCGUCCCGUUGUACUACACCCUCACGUACACCGAGAACAUACCACCGAUAAGACCUGCAUACGCAACGCACGCGCUCCUGGCUUGUUACGUCUUCCUACCACUCACGGAAAAUCUGCACGCUUUCAUACUGGGGAUCACGGCUACCAUGUGCUACCUGGUCACUCUCUCGUUGAUCACUUACAGGAACGCGACUGAUUUCGCCACCAAGAUUAUCACGGACACGAUUUACUUUGUUUGCGUGAACGGCCUAGGAUUGUACUUCAGAUUCAUGAAUGAGGUUUUCAUCAGGCGCACCUUCCUCGAUCGCAGGAAGUGCGUGGAAUCAACCCUGCGGCUUACUUAUGAAAAGGAUCAGGAGGAACAACUCACGCGGAGCAUACUUCCUCAACACAUAGCUGCGAAGAUCAAGAAGGACUUUAGGGAUAUUUUCAAGUUCAUAGAGGAACACAAGACGCCACCGCCUAAAGGACGAACUCAUAGUGACCUGUGCGUCGAGACGCACAACAACGUGAGCAUUUUGUACGCAGACGUGGUGAAUUUUUCUGGGCUGACCGUGGCACUUCCGGUGCGGAAAUUGGUGGAAACAUUGAACGAGCUGUUCGGAAGCUUCGACGAGGCGUCGGAGAGGCACAACGUCCUGCGAAUUAAAUUCCUCGGCGAUUGCUAUUACUGCGUUAGCGGAGUACCGACUCCAAACUCUCAGCAUGCGAAGAGCUGCGUGGAUCUAGGACUCGAUAUGAUAAAAAUCAUCAAAGAAGUGAGAGAAAGGCUGCGCCGCGAGUGCGGAGUAGAUGUUAACAUGAGGAUUGGCGUUCAUUCUGGAAACAUAAUAUCGGGGAUCCUGGGCGCCAACAAGUGGCAGUACGACGUAUGGUCGCGCGACGUUGUGAUAGCCAAUAAAAUGGAGCAGACGGGCAAACCGGGCAAAGUGCACAUCACCCAGCAGACGUUGGAUCUCGUGGACGCCAGAGAAUACAACUGCGUUCCCGUAAAGUCCUUGAACGACGAGAUUUUGAAGAAGUACGACAUCCGCAGCUACCUGAUCACGCCUCCUGUAUCCGACGACGAGCUGACCACGCAGAACAGCGAGAACACCUUGACGGUCAUGACUCCGGACUCCCCUCCGGUGGCUAACAGGCAUUACGUGAAAUUUUACAACGUCAGGUCCACCAGUGUCACGUCCAACAGGAACAGCAGACGUCUGACGGGUACCGUGAAUAAUCACGUCGACGUAUUAGCCAGCACCUACAGACGGCGGACUCACUUCAUGGACGCCUGCUUGAGGGACUAUCAUUUGAUGCUGAAAGCCGCGGAUGCGGAGAUGGAGAAUGCUAUUAAGCACAUGCCUCUCGCCAAGUGGGAGCAAUGGUUCAAAUGGGAACACAUAAACCCGUUGUUGUUAACGUUUAAGCCUUGGAACUGGGAAUGGGAGAUACCAUUUCUGAAGGAGCCCGACCCGCUCUUCAAAUUUUACAUCAGCUCCGCUGCGUUCGUUCUGAUUUUUAUGGGACUCAUUUUCUUGGUACCUACGCUUUCUUUUUCCGAAUGGCACGCGAGCACGGCGGUCAGUUAUUCGGUGACCAUGUUGUUCCUAAUCGCUCUGCUCCCGAUAGCUUGGAUGCAUUUCGCGUGGAACCGAUACAAGGACCCGCACGACGAGCACGAGGGACAAGUCCCGCAUCCUCGUAACAAGUUGUUGUGCUUUCUGUAUCAGAGCAGCCUGAAGGUUGUUUGGAGCACGUAUCUCAGGACCAUCCUCUACUUUGUAAUAACGACGAUGUUAGCAGCGUGCGCUAUGUUUGAUAUGAUCUUCGAAUGCAAGAACGUGGACGACCUUUCAACCAACAACGUAACGUCCAGUAUAGCCGAGCCCGGUGCAUCCGAUCUCGAAUGCAUAGCUACACCCUGGCAAAUGACGCAAACUUGUUCCUUGGCAAUCCUAACGAGCUUUUUGUUUCUGAGAAUCCAUUACAUCUUAAAGCUAGUAAUAGGCGUCGCGAUAGUGGGAUUUUAUUCCGGGAAUGUUUGGAUACACCGUUCGAAUUUGUUUCAGUCGGGUGACAGGUGGAAUCCGCACUUAGAACCGAGACUGGCGCACAUUUUAAGCGUAGUUUUCCUUACAUUUUCUUUGCAUCUCAUUGACCGUCAGGCGGAGUACAUGAGCAGAUUGGACUAUCUAUGGAAACGUCAGUUAACGAAGGAGCAGGACGAAGCGUACCACACGAGGAACGCCAACAAACUUCUCUUACGCAACAUCUUGCCGGAGCACGUUGCGGAGUUCUACUUGAACAUGAAUAGAACAGAGGAGAACGAGCCCUAUCACGAGGCCCACAACAACGUGGCUGUCAUGUUUGCCUCGCUGAUGGAUCUGUGCAUCGACGAGAGCGAUAUUCUGGCAGACCUGAACGAGAUCAUCUGCGAAUUCGAUAAACUGUUAUUCGAGUCGCACUUUGUUUGUCGAAUCGAAAAGAUCAAAAUUGCUGGCACCACGUAUAUGGCAGCUUGCGGAUUGGAAGCCAGUCGACGCGAUUCGAUGCACAGCAUGGAAAGCGAAGAAGACUUCAACGACAACAUAGUGAAAGUGAUGGCUCAGUUCGCAGCUGAGAUGUUGGAAGUCCUGGACAAGUUGAACGCGAGAUCGUUCUAUUCGUCGAAACCCUACAGAUUGAGAAUUGGAAUAUCACAUGGAGAGGUGACAGCGGGUGUAGUAGGCGCUCAAAAACCAUUGUACGAUAUUUGGGGUGACGCUGUGAACAUGGCGUCGAGGAUGGACACUACCGGUGUUCCUGGGAAGAUACAGGUUACAGAGGAAACCGCGGCUGUGCUCGAACAGCAGGGUGUCAGGUGCCACCUGCGAGGAUCCACGUACGUGAAACCGAAAGGAUUCGUGACGACGUACUUCGUGGGAAUCGACGAGAACCGGAAACUUCAGCGAACGGAUUCCAUCGAAGAGACCUAUCUGUGAUCAAAA